AUGGAACGACUUCAACGUCUUUUUGGCGCAGCAGCAGCCGGACAAAGCUUGCAACCUGGUGUUGAUACCCCAACCGUUGAUAAUGCGGAGAUGGUUUAUAUAUCUUCGCUGGCUUUAUUAAAAAUGUUGAAGCAUGGUCGAGCUGGUGUUCCUAUGGAGGUAAUGGGCCUGAUGCUCGGUGAAUUUGUUGAUGACUAUACAGUUCGAGUGAUCGAUGUAUUUGCCAUGCCGCAAAGUGGUACCGGCGUAUCCGUUGAGGCUGUUGAUCCUGUCUUUCAGACAAAGAUGUUGGAAAUGUUAAAGCAGACUGGGCGACCUGAAAUGGUGGUCGGUUGGUAUCACUCUCAUCCCGGUUUUGGUUGUUGGUUGUCUAGCGUUGAUAUCAAUACACAGCAGAGUUUCGAAGCGUUAAAUCAACGAGCAGUAGCAGUAGUCGUAGAUCCGAUACAAUCAGUAAAAGGAAAAGUAGUAAUCGACGCAUUUCGUCUAAUUAAUCCACAAAUGUUGAUGUUGGGUCAGGAACCGCGGCAAACUACUUCGAAUAUCGGUCAUUUGAAUAAACCGAGCAUUCAAGCAUUAAUUCAUGGACUAAAUCGUCACUACUAUUCAAUAGCAAUCAAUUAUCGAAAGAACGAACUAGAACAAAAGAUGUUACUGAAUUUGCAUAAAAAGAAUUGGACGCAUGGUUUGACGUUACAUAAUUUUACGGAACAUACAGAGUUGAAUGAAAAAAGCGUCAAGGCAAUGCUUACCCUGGCAGAAGCAUACAACAAAUCAGUCCAAGAAGAAUCCACCAUGACAACUGAACAAUUGAAAACACGUCAUGUGGGUAAACAAGACCCAAAGCGUCACCUGGAAGAAAGUUUGGAAGAGGUGAUGUCGAAUAACAUUGUCAUGGCUCUUGGAGCUGGAGCAGGCGGAACAUCCGCUGCCUAUUUUCUAUCAGAAAAAUUCGAAAACACCUCACUAAAAAUCGAGAGCACCAUCUUCGAACGCUCAAACUAUGUGGGUGGUAGAAGCACCGUUGUGAAAUUCGUGCGUGACGAACAAGAAUACCCUAUUGAACUAGGUGCAUCGAUUUUCAUUGAUGUUAAUUAUCAUUUAGCGAACUCGGCGAAAAAGUUUGGGUUAGAGUAUGAAUAUUUUGGCAAGAAAUUUCCGGGGGCGAGGCUUGGUAUAUGGGAUGGAAAAGAAUUCGUUUUUGAACAAACUUCAUACAAAUAUUGGGAUAUUGUUAAAAUUUUUUGGAAAUAUGGAUGGGCGCCAUAUACGGUCCAAAACAUGGUCAAAGACAUUGUGUCCAAAUUUCUGGCGAUCUACAAAUUUCAGGAGCCAUUCACCAGCGUACAAUCAGCAUCCGAACGUCUAGAUCUGGCUGCUGAAAUUCAACACACCGCGCUCAACUACUUUAGAACCUUGAAAAAGAUAGAUCCACUCUACCUAAGCCAUUUUGUGGAGGCAGCAAGCCGCGUAAAUUACGUGUCAAAUCUCGACCAGAUUCACGCGUUGGGUGGAUUUAUUUCUUUAGCACCUGAAGGCGCUAAAAGUAUCAAGGGUGGAAAUUAUUUGUUGUUCGAGAAUUGGAUCAAGCAUUCGGGCGCGACACUGAAGCUGGAGACGACGGUCACAAAAGUGACGAAAUUGGAUUCAAAUCAUGAAAAAGAUGGUGAUGACACUCCAAAGUAUGAAAUCACGACUCAAAAUGGGAAAAAGCAGAUUUUUGAUGCGGUCAUUUUAGCUGCCCCUAUUCAAUUUGCACAGAUCGACUUUGAAAAUAUAAACAUUAACGUGAAAGAAAUUCCUUAUGUCACAUUGCACGUAACAUUAAUAACUGGACACUUGAAUCCUGCCUACUUCAACCGCGAAAAUAUCGAUGACCUUCCAUCAAUGAUACUCACUGUGAAUAGCGAACUCUGUGAUUUUAAUAGUUUAGGCUGCCAGUACAAACUAGAAAAUGGUGAACGUGUAUGCAAGAUCUUUUCACAUCACGAAAUGACCGACGAAUUGCUCGACAAAAUCUUCUUGAGCCGUUCCUGGACAUAUUAUAAAAUAUGGAAAUCUUAUCCGUGGCUUUCCCCAAAUCAGACAUAUCCGCCAAUCGAGUUGGAUCAGAAUUUGUUUUAUGUGAAUAGCUUUGAACCAUUUAUCUCGACCAUGGAAACAGAAGCUGUUUCAAGCGAAAAUAUAGCUAAAAUAUUGAAACGUCGAUGGGUUGGACCUGCUAUUAAAUCCAAAUUAUAA